AGGAGCCUUAUUGGAUUUCAGCAGCAGGUGUGGUAUCUAGGGAAAAGAAAUUUGGCCAGCCAGGACCUGAAAACAAAAAUGUCCUGCUGGAUUCCUCCUGAAAAAAAAACCUGUUCCCCUCCCAUCUCCUCUCCAGCCAGGUCCCAGGUUGCCAUUUCCUAGGAAAAGACAGAGCCUCCCGGUGGUGUGUGUGGGUGGAGGAGCCGGGCUGUGAUAACAGACCAUGGUCCAGGCAGGGGCUCCAGGUCCAGUGAGGGUGGGAGGAGAAGGCGUCACUUCCGGGGGCCCUCCGCAGUGUCUGGUGGCUCCCUGCUCUCUGAUUGGGCAGAAGUGGCCCAGGCAGGCGUGUGACCCCACUGCUGGGAAGGGGCUAUGCCCCAACGCCACAAGCUUUCCUACCCAUCUGCUCCCCAGGGUGCCUUCUGCUCUGCACCUGGGUCCUGGAGCCCUUCUCCACCCGGAUAGAUUCAAGACCCUCCUCCUCAGCCCACCUGUGCCGUGCCCCACCCCACUCUGUGUGCCCCGCCCCACUCUGCCCAGAAGUGCAAGAGCCCAAGCCGCCUCCAUGGCCCCAGGAAGGAUUCAGGGGAGAGGCCCCAUCCAGGGAGCCACUCCAACCAGACAGCCUGGCCAGAAUGGAGCUGACUGAACUGCUCCUCGUGGUCAUGCUUCUCCUAACCACACGGCUGACUUGGUCUAGCCCGGCUCCUCCUGCCUGUGACCCCCGACUGCUAAAUAAACUGCUACGUGACUCUCAUGUCCUUCACGGCAGACUGAGCCAGUGCCCAGACAUUAACCCUUUGUCCACGCCUGUCCUGCUGCCUGCUGUGGACUUUAGCUUGAGAGAAUGGAAAACCCAGACGGAGCAGACCAAGGCACAGGACGUCCUGGGGGCGACGACCCUCCUGCUGGAGGGAGCGAUGGCAGCGCGGGGACAACUGGGACCCACUUGCCUCUCAUUCUUACUGGGGCAGCUUUCUGGACAAGUUCGCCUCCUCCGUGGGGCCCUGCAGGGCCUCCUGGGAACCCAGCUUCCUCCACAGGGCAGGACCACAGCUCACAAAGAUCCCCAUGCCAUCUUCCUGAGCUUCCAACAGCUGCUCCGAGGAAAGGUGCGUUUCCUGCUGCAUGUAGUAGGGCCCACCCUCUGUGCCAAGCGGGCCCUACCCACCACAGCGCUCCCACACAGUACCUCUCUACUCCUCACACUGAACAAGCUUCCAAACAGGACUUCUGGAUUGUUGGAGACAAACUCCACUGUCCCGGCCAAAACUACUGGCGCUGGACUUCUGAAGAGGCUGCAGGGAUUCAGAGCCAAUGGGCCUGGUCUGCUAGACCAAAUCCCUGGACAACUGAACAGGACACACAGACCUUUGAAUGGAACUCAUGGACUCUUUCCUGGACCCUCACCCAGGGCCCUCGGAGCCCUGAAUAUUCCUCCAGGAACUUCGGACAUGGGUUCCCUGCCACCCAACCUCCAACCUGGAUAUUCUUCUUCCCUAACCCUUCCUCCCAUUGGACAGCAUACACUCUUCUCCCCUUUACCCACCUCGCCCACCCCCAUGGUCCAGCUCCAACUCCCGCUUCCUGACCCCUCUGCUGCCAUGCCCAACCCUACCAGUCCUCUUCUACCUGCGGCCCACCCUCACUUCCAGAAUCUGUCUCAGGAAGAGUAAGGUACUCAGGCACUGCCAACGCCAGCAGUGUCUCCCGUGUGUUCUCUUACCCAGAGGAGAGGCCUGGGAGACAACUGCAACUCCACCAGAUUCCCUGCUGUCACCUGGAACCCAAAGCCCUGGUAAAGGCAGAUACAUAGGACAGAAAGGGGGUUGUUUUUCACGGUUUAAAACACCAGAAGCUUUUUUUUAAAUAUGUUUUUAUUGAUUUCAGAGAAAGAAAGGGGGAGGGAAACAUUGAUGUGAGAUACAUCCAUCGCUGCCUCCUGCAUGCCCCCUCCUGGGAAUGGACCCCACAACCCAACCUGGGCAUAUGCCCUGACCGGAAUCGAACCCGCGACCUCCUGGUGCAUGGGACAACGCUCAACCAACUGAGCCACACCGGCUGGGCAGAAAAGCUAUUUUUUUAACCUAUCAAUAUUCACCAGAGCAGCUAGUUAUCGUUGGUCUAUUUUCUGUACAAAUUUACAACUUACGAAUUCUCUAUAUGCUUUUUCGUAUAAUAAUUCCUCAAAGGCCUGGACUGGCCUGCCCUCUGAACAAAGGUAGAGACUAAUCUUAUAUCAGAAAAACAGAAAUGCGAGCUUUGGUCUUCUGCUCAGAACUAAGGUUAGUCUCUUUACCAUAACCCUUUACCUCAGUCUCAAUGGCAUUCUGAUCUCCUUUUCUUAGGAGAUCCUUACCCCUGAGAAAUGAAUGAGACGUUGUCUCCCAGAAAGACUGUCUGAGCCUGUAUCAAUAAAGAAUAAAUUAAGUACCCAAAAGCUAACUGGAAAGAAAAAGAUAUUCUUCUCAGAGGGCAAUAGUUCUGUCCCUCCCUAACAAAAA